CAAAGUCCAAACUCCAAAGCCUCAGCCAAAUUUGAAAUAAGUCGGGGAGAAAAGGCCAGAGAGAACGAGGGAGAUCAGAGAUGGACACCGUUGGGGUUCUGCUCAACCCUAAUAAUGGAGGAUCGGAAAAGGAAGCAACAAAGCCGAAAGUGGUAGCGAUUAUGGGCCCAACCGGUUCAGGAAAAUCUCGGCUGGCCAUUGAUUUGGCAUCGCACUUCCCCAUCGAAAUCAUCAAUGCUGAUUCGAUGCAGGUCUACCGUGGACUAGAUGUCCUCACCAACAAGGUGCCACUCCAUGAGCAGAAAGGAGUGCCUCAUCAUCUUUUGGGGUCCGUGAGCCCAAAUGUGGAAUUCACUGCUAAGAAUUUUCGGGAUUUUGCUAUUCCUUGUAUCAAUGACAUAUGGUCCCGCAACUGCUUGCCAGUUAUUGUUGGGGGUACGAAUUACUACAUUCAGGCUCUUGUGAGUCCAUUCCUUCUUGAUGAUUCAGUGGAAGAUCCGCCUGGAGAGGAGGAGACCUAUCAUUUGUCAGACUUUGGGGAAGAGAGUUUGACUUAUAGCUACAGUGACCUUAAAAUCCUUGAUCCAGUUGCUGCAAAUAGGAUUCAUCCAAACGACUGUAGAAAAAUCAAUCAGUACCUCAAUUUGUAUGCUCGCAGUGGCAUUCUCCCUAGCAGAUUUUAUCAGGAAAAGACUGCAGAGAACUGGGGUCAAGCAGAUAAUUCCAGGUUUGACUGCUGCUUUAUAUGUGUUGAUGCUGCAGCCCCUGUACUCGACCUAUAUGUUGAAAAACGAGUAGACUGCAUGAUUGAUACUGGAUUACUGGAUGAAGUCUAUGAUAUCUACAAUCCGAAUGCUGAUUAUACUCGAGGUUUACAGCAAGCCAUUGGUGUCCGUGAAUUUGAGAAUUUUCUGGGAGUUUACCUUUCUCAAAAUUGGAAUGAUGAAGCAAGUGAUUCUACUGAUGGGUCUCUUUUUCUAUUAUCAAUGGAUAAGGAUGAUAAAGUUUUCAAAGAGAAGAUCACGGAAAUUCUGUCUCUCUCUGAUGACAACAAACUCAAGGUUCAAUUGGAGGAAGCGAUAAAAAAAGUAAAAGUAAACACCAGAAGGCUUGUUCGUCGACAAAAGAGGAGGAUUACCAGACUUCAGGAAUUGUUUGGCUGGAACAUUCAUUAUGUUGAAGCAACAGAAUCCAUAUCAAUUCCUACUGGUUCUACUGGAGAGAUAAAUAUUGUUGGAUUCCCAGGCAAAUCAGAUGAGGUAUGGGCUUCACAAGUGGUUAGACCAGCUGUGAAAAUUAUUGGAUCUUUCCUUAAUGAGGAUGCAAGGAUGGCGUGCGAGUUCGAGGGAUCUAGCAGCGCUGAAAUUAAAUCAAUCCAAAAAGAUUUGUGGACUCAAUACACAUGCGAGGCCUGUGGAGAUAGGGUACUUAGAGGGGCACACGAGUGGGAACAGCACACACAAGGCCGUAGACAUCGUAAGCAAAUUUCUCGGCUUAGAAAAUCUGGAGGUCAUGGUUUUUCGAGUCAACAUCUUUGAUAUUAACAUCUCUUGUUGUUAAAAACAACUGUCGGUUUGCAAUAUUGACUACGUGAAUGCUGUCGAUAACAUUGUGGUAAAACUUGUGUUCUUUUUUUGGGCUAUAUUAAAACUCAUUUGGGAUUUGGGAAUCACUGAUUAUGAUGAGUUGUCAAGCUAAUUGCCGGAGGUUUAUUUGGGUGGUACUACUGGUUAGUCCGGUCCAGCUUCAGGUCCACCACAUGUUCUGCUUGAGUCAGUUCGCAUGGCAGGAUGACAAACGGUUUUGUUUGAUCAAUGAAUUAUCCUUUUAAAGAGUGUAUAAGCUAAGUGUUUAAGCUGCUUACGAGCCAAAUUUGUUAUUG